AUGUGGACAAGAACUGUUCAUUUCUUGACAGAUGCCGCCCUGAGGAUCUUUCAAAGAACGCGUCGCAUUUUUUUGCUCUCAACCUUGUCCAGCUCACAUCCCAAUACCUCAAACUACCCGUUCUUCACCGUACAUUCCCCAAAAAUGCCCGAAGCAGUCCAGCAGAGAAUCGUUCCCGGCGCCCCUCCCCCGGAGCCGCUCUCGAAAUCCCAAAAGAAAAAGAGAAAAGCCAAGGGAAAGUCUGACCACGGCGACGAGACGUCGCCUUCCGUGCCAGACCCUACCUCCGCUGCUCUCAUUGAAAAGGCGCCUGAAGCUGCUGAGGUGGCCGAGGGAUCACCUGCACCGGAGCUGAUCGCGAUGUCUGAGUCUCAGGCGCCCCCGCUGCCGGAGGAAGACCUCUCGUUGAAGAACAGCCCUGUUGUUGAAGUUGUCACGAAGCGCCUCAAAGCCACAACGAAGAAGAUUUCGCGGAUAUCAACUUAUGCCAGCACAGAUAUUGAGAAGCUGAACGACGACCAAAAACGAACUCUGAAGACACUGCCAACACUGGAGGCCGUUCAAAAGGAGCUCAGCGAAGUGAAAAAGGCGAUUGAACAACAUGAAGCCGAGUUGGCGCAAGAACUUCCUGCUAAGCGCCUCGAAGUUGAAAAAGCCGAAAAGGCGCGCGUGGCUGAGGCCGUUUCUGCUGCCGAGGCUGCACUUAUCUCCAAAACAAGUGACAUUCUUCAUAUUUUCCGCCUUCGUUCAUUACUAUCGACUGGUGCUCUGGCUAUUGCUGAACCCGAAUUCACCGCUAUCCAUGCCGUCACCGAAGCUCUUGUCGCUGAGGAUGGCGAACAUAAACAAGCGGUCCUUAACGGCCUCCUGCGUGGUUCUGGUGAAUUGAACGGUGUCUCAUAUUCAAGACUACUCGCCAUCACUCAAGAGGCGCUCAACCCUCCACGUGCACCUACUCCGCCUCAAGAGUAUGUGGAGGAGCAAACACUAACAGAACCCACCACAGAAGCUGAACCCGACAUUGCCGUGACUGGCCUGCCAACAGGCACAAUGUCAAGCAGCUUCCGGUUUAUCCAGGAAAGCGAAAUCGAGACAACGUCGUUCGAGGAAGGUGCUGAGUGGGUCGAGAAAGCGGAUGCUGGUCAUGAGGAACAGGCAGCGCUUAACGGGCAAACCCCAGAAGGAAUCGCGCCUGCUCCCGCGGAUACCAACGGUACCCUCGACUGGGCUGCUGAUGAGGAGGGUGGACUGCCUUCGAUCGCAGGGCUUCACGCCGAGUUCGGUACUUCGGGCUCUGCAACCCCUGCUGAAGCAGAGGCAGUUCAGCAGAAGGCAGAGGCACCCGUACCAGAGGGCAACGGACAUGCCACCGGCGAGGCUGCUCCUGCUGAGGACGAUGGAUUCACCCAGGCUAGGGGACGCGGUCGUGGUGGUCGCGGUGGUGGGUUCAGAGGCGGCGAGCGUGGCCACGGCCACCACCAUCGUGGUAGCUUCCGUGGUGGCGAUCGUGGUGGCUUCAGAGGAGGCGAUCGCGGCGGUUUCAGAGGAGGUUUCCGGGGAGGUGAUCGUGGAGGCUUCCGUGGCGGCCGUGGUGGAGGCGAAUGGCGAGGUGAUGGUGAGCGCGGAAGGGGUGGUCGAGGACGUGGAAGGGGUGACCGAGGAGGCGCGCACCCUCCUCCCACCCCCACCGCGGCGUAA